AUGGUCAAUUUAGUCCACUUCAUGAGGCGUCUCCAUGGCCCUGAAUUGAGCGGCAGACCGUACUAUCCACCCUCCCCUGGGGGGAUGCAUGUGCUCAUGCCUACCCAGGACUCUCACAUCAGUUCACCUUUUGAGACUGAAAACCUACAACUAGAGGCUGAUCUUCAAGCCAAGGUGGCCAGUCUCCGCUCUCUUUCUCUACACAUAGGUGAUGAGGUGCGUGAGCAGAACAUCUUCUUGGGAAGUAUGACGGACGCCUUUGAACGGUCUGAGGGUCUACUUAGAUCAACAAUGUCACGCCUUGGAGGCCUUAGACGUCACGGGGCUCUCCUAAGCACUGGGCUUUACUGUUACAUUAUUUUGUUUGUCUUAUUUUUUUUCCUUGUUUGUUGGGUUCUUAUUAAAAUAUCUUAG